UGUGUCAUGCUUUUAUUUUGUAGGCUGCUCAUCCCGUGCAAAGUGACGUCAUUUUCCAGUCAGCGAAUCAAACGUCUGCUCGCGAGUGUUGACGGACGUCUCCAAGUCCGGGCUCGGGGUUGCCCUAGCAACUCACAGGAUGGACCAAUCAGACCUCCUCCUCCUCCUUCUCCUCCUCCAUCCCUAUCCGCGACACCACCUCCGCUGGAGCAGGGGGCGGAGGGAGGGAGGCCAAGGACCCGUCAGCUCUGCUCCUCAUUCCGGACUCAGCAGCCGAACUGAACCGCAGGAUUUUUAUUUUGUUUUACAAAAGCUUCGUGCGCAAGAGCGCGGCGCGUCCGGAGCGCGCGGAUGGCACCGGGGGCGCGGUUGUUGUUGUUGUCGUUAUCGGUGAGUCCAGCUGGACACUUGUAGCUCCUCUGGACACAAUCUGAACCGGGUCACCGGACUGUGUGUUGCAUGUAAACACGUCGUGGAUCACGAAGGGAUUUAUUUAGGCGUCUUCUCCGCGCUUUGGAGAGGACAGUCAGAGGAGGAGAGGAGGAGGAGGAGGAGGAGGAGGAGAAGAGAGGGGGUGUUCGGCUUGCUGCUGCCGGGUCUCAUCUCAUGAUGGGACACGGCAGCUGUCAUCUGCCGCGAGCAUGAGCCACAGAAGCAGCCCGGCCAGGGCGUACGACUUUCUGCUCAAGUUCCUGCUGGUGGGCGACAGUGACGUAGGGAAGGGCGAGAUCCUGGCGAGCCUGCAGGACGGAGCCACCGAGUCCCCGUACGGAUACAACAUGGGAAUCGACUAUAAGACGACCACCAUCCUUCUGGACGGGAGGAGAGUCAAGCUGCAGCUCUGGGACACGUCCGGUCAGGGACGAUUCUGCACCAUCUUCAGAUCUUAUUCCAGAGGAGCUCAGGGAGUUAUUCUGGUGUACGACAUCACCAACCGCUGGUCGUUCGAUGGGAUCGACAGGUGGAUCAAAGAGAUCGAUGAGCAUGCCCCAGGGGUGCCCAAGAUCCUGGUGGGGAACCGCCUGCAUCUGGCCUACAAACGGCAGGUGACCACGGAGCAGGCCCAGGUGUACGCCGAGAAGCUGGGCGUCACCUUCUUCGAGGUCAGCCCGCUGUGCAACUUCAACAUCACCGAGUCGUUCACCGAGCUCGCCCGUAUCGUGCUGAUGAGACACGGCAUGGAGCGCCUGUGGCGGCCCAACAAAGUGCUGAGUCUGCAGGACCUUUGUUGCCGCUCCAUCGUCUCCUGCACGCCGGUCCACCUGGUGGACAAGCUGCCACUCCCGUUGGCUCUCAAGUCCCACCUGAAGUCCUUCUCGAUGGCCAACGGGCUGAACGCCCGCAUGAUGCACGGCCGAUCCUACUCCGUCACCGCCAACGCUCACCAAGGCGCCACAAAGAGGACGGGAGGGACGCUGCUGAAGAAACCCAAGCUGAUCCGACCGCCGCCGCUCAGCCCGUCUGCACAAAGCUGCAGGAACAGCUGUAAGAUCUCCUAACAGCUGGACGAGGCCGUGAACGCACCGCCGCCUGUAACACAACACCACGGCGUGUUCACGCUUCAGAUCUCUGCACGGGAACUCUGAAAUCUGUUCAUGAAAGCUGUUUGUUACGUCCACAACUGUCCAAUUUGAGGACAAGAUGAGUGUCAGGGCCACUGUUCAGAGAAAAACAUGAGAUUUAGAGAAUAAAGUAAGAAAAUUGUAAAAACGGUUAAAAAAAAAAGGGGGUAAUCUGAAAACAACAAAAUCAGAAAUGUUUGGAAAAAAGUAAUAUUUUCAGUAUUUUAAUACAAAAGCUAUAUUUUGACAAUAAAAAGAAAAUGUCACAAUUUAUUUAAAGAAAUAAAAGCAACAAAAGGCAAAAAAAUUACAUGCUUAUUUAUUGUUUACUAUUGAAGUAAAAUUUGUAUCAUCUCAGUAUGUUCAGACAGGAAAUACUUAAACAUACACAUCUGCUAAUUUAAUAAUCGCACCUGACAUUUUGUCAAAAUUAUAUCCUUAAAAUUCGGAUUUUAUAUCUCAUAAAUCUCAUAUUAUAAAAAUUAAAACAAGCAAAGAAUUGUUUUGUUUCUCCCAAAAACUGAGAAAAUAUGCAGAUUAUUUUCCUAAAAUUGUAUACAUUUAUUGUGAAAACCUAGCAACUUUUUAAAAAAUGUUAUGACUUAAUUCUGAAAACAUUAUGACUUCUUUCAUAAAACUUUUGUCUUGACAUAUGAUUUUCAAAAGUUUGUUGUGGAAUCAUUAUGACUUAAACAUCAAAUUUUUUAUCUUGAAAUAUUACAACUAUUUUCUCAACAUAUUACGCCUUUAUUCUUUUUAUUUAUUUAUUUAUAUAAAAUGUUUGGAUUUUUUUCUUCUCCUAAUUAUGGCCCUACUAACACCCGGUGUUAGUGUUUGCUGCAGUAAUUAUCUCUUUCAACUAUUUUUUUUAAUUGAAUAUGACCUGUACAUGAAAUUUUAGCUGUAUUCUUAAAACUUUUUUUUCCUGAACUGUGGCCAUGACAGCAACAUGUUUGUGAGACAUUUAAAGGAACUGAAGACUAAAAAACAAACAUCACUUGAUCACAAACGCCUGCAAGAAACACUUAAGUUUUUAUAAUUAUUAAUGUGUAAAUGCAGGAGAAUUUUCCUUU